CGACAUGUCAGAGGGGGGUUCGCGUUAGGUAAAAUGAAAAAUGAAGUGCAGUCGAGGGUAAAGGAAGAUGAUACUAGUACAGUGACCGAUUGGCGCUCAGUUGCUGUACUGUGGAAUUUAAACGCAUUUAAGAUCAGCCAGACCGGCCAUAUGUCACUGCGAUCACAAUAAUAAGACCUUUAACUCGGAUUUCUCGAGGUGUAAAUUAGGCCUGGGAUAGUCAGCGCUCCCCAGUGAGAUUACAACUGAAGGGCGGUGAAAAUCAGCCCCUAAUGGAAGAGAUAGAGACAGAGUUGACCUGCACAGAGCAGGAUGGUUUAGGAGCAGACUUCAUCACAGUGGAACUUGACACCCAGCCUGUGGAAUACGUGGUGAAGUGGGCCGAGGUGGGCUCCAAAUUCACUAUAUCCUGCGUGAAAAAGGAUGUGGACGAGGGUACCUGCUUCACUUCCGAUCAGGUGGUCAGAGUGGAUCCGGACGAGACGUUCUUCGUCCCUUACGAGGCCGUGUACACGGAAUGCGAAGACGCGGAACCGGACUUGAUCCCGACGCACGAGGAAGAGGUGGUGAGCGAGUCAGACUUGGACGAAAGCACGGAGCCGGGAAUUGGCGAGCUGUGUGAUGACGAGCACGUUUCGGAUGUGUCCUGGCAGAGCCAGACGCCACGUUCCAGAACCUACAACUGCCACGUCUGCGGAAAAGUCUACAGCCAUUCUUCCAGCCUCGCACGCCACCUGCACGUACACUCGGAUAGGUCGUCUUUCCCCUCUUCCUCUAAAGGGUCAGGGGACAACAGAAAGUCUCUCCAUUGCAAUAUGUGCGGAGUGAAAUGCAACGGCAAGCGACUUUUGGCGAUACACAAGAAAUGUCACAAAACGAAGAGACUGCACACGUGCAACAUAUGCGGCAAAACAUUCAAUCACAGCUCUAGCCUCUCACGGCACAGGUUAAUCCAUAAAAAAGGCCUGGAUAAUGAAGUCAGGCCAUUGUACCCGGCUCCGACCCCAGCUCCCAUCAUGACCCAGCGCAGUUUCUCACCCCCCAGCGAGGACACGGACAGAGAACCGAACCCCUCGGGAGAACGACAAAAGCAGUACCAGUGCCCGCAAUGCGACAGGGUCUUCAGCCACUCUGCCGCCCUAAACAAGCACCAGCUGGCACACGUGCGACAGCUGCUCAACUCGUACACGCAGGGCAAAGAUGCGCUCGACAAGUCCUCGGACCUGAAGAUUCGCCUGAAGCUGUGCUCCCGCGACAAGCCCAACUAUUACACCCUGUGCAAGAAGAACAAGCGCAAAAAAGGGGGCAAGAAGAGGCUGUGCUUGCCGAACGACAAACGGCCCUACCAAUGCAGGAUGUGCGAGAAACGCUUCAGCCACACCACCAGCCUCUCCAGGCACGAGCACAUGCACGCCAUCGACAAGCGCUACACCUGCAGCAUCUGCAAGAAGACGUUUAUUCGGCUGUCCAACCUGAAGCAGCACCAGCAAACGCACGCUUCGGGAAAGCUGUACGAGUGCAUGCAGUGCGGGAAGACUUUCGUUCACUCCUCCAGCUUCUCGCGGCAUAAGAAAGUCCACGCACGGAUCAAGCUGUCCCCGAACCAUUGUGAAGAGGAACUGGUCAUCGAUGAGACGGCACCACUCGAAUUUGACUCUGAGUGAGAAAGACGAAAGCUCUGGACCUGUUUUAACACCUGAUGAGAAAAGAAAUGUUAUUGAUGUGUCUUUGAUGGUUUUUCUUUAUCAUUUAUUUUUUGUUUUUGCAAAAAAAGUAAAAUUAGUCAGUUUGGUGUGUGCUCACAAAAAAGUUGACUUCAAUCUAAUAUUCUUGUAAUUAUUAUUAUUAUUAUUAUUAUUAUUAUUACAUCCUUUCUGGCUAGAGGGUGAAUUGGCCACCUUUAUUAAUAUAAAAAAAACUAUAUGUAUAUUUUUUGUUGACAUUCCCUUUUUCCUUCACAUUCACAGCUAAUCUGUAUAAUUUAUGUCUCUUCCUUUUUAUGGAAUUCACAAAGUGGAUGGCAUUGGCAAUACAGGUGUUAUUUAUUUUCCUUGCACUAACCUGUAAAAAAAAUCGAUAUUGGGGGUUAUGGUUGGGAGUGUGGGGUAGUCAAGGAUAUAAGUAGGAUAUAAUGGUACAUUUUAUAUGCAAUUUUCCGGACCCACGUUCCAUUAAAGAGUGCAAUCUGAAUCCAUUAUUUCCCAAUAUUUAGUGACAACAAGCGCAAACAUUUUCUCUUCUGAUACAACCAAAUAGUAAUUUGACAAGCACCAUAGGGUUGGACACAGAUUGUUCUUGGUACUGGUUAUUUGUCAAAAUAUGAAAUCCAUUGUGUCCAUGGAGGUUAAUAAAUGUAUAAUAAUACUGUUGAUGCUUAGACAUUGUGUACAAAUGCAUUCAAAACAUUGUUCGUGUAAAUGAACAAUAUAAUUGCAAAAAAUAUGUGCUUUUUACUUCUGUAUAUGUGUAAAAAGUUGCAGUUGCAAAAAAGUUCAUCUGAUUUAUUUUUCACUAUAUACAAAACUUAUGGAAGGGAUUUCAUAUUUUAACAAGCAUUGCACUAUUGUAUUUCUAGACAAAAGCACUACAUAUUUAGUCAAUUGGACAUGUUAAUGUGUCGGGCGAGAUUAACAAAGCAUGAAAAUAUCUUCCACACAUCAAGAAAAAUUGAUAAGUGCCCUCAGCUGCUCAGUGUAAGACCAAAGCUCUUCAAUGCACACAUGCAUGCACCACUUCAAAUGUGCUGUUUAGUUCAAUAAAAAGCAUUCAGACAGUCUUUUGUUUAGUGUUCAUACAGACCUGGACCUUUUUCUGUUUGAAUUGAAUUUGAAUAGCAAUUAUUAACCCAUUUAUGGUGUUUGAAAUGAGACUUUGGGGAGUGAUAUCUUGCGCGUGUGAAGCACACAAGUUACACCCACAAUGAUGUUUUUAUUAAAACAAAAAAGCCCUCGGUACUCUGUAGGCCUACAUGUUAUUUUUUUAAUGGUUGGGUGUUUCUUAAAAUGUUCUUGAAGUAGUAUGUUCCCCAAUUUUAUGAAUCUUUUAUUGCCAUUGUUUUCUUUAUUUUUUACUCUUUGCUGUUCUAAACAAGAUGAUCCCUUCUCCUGUCCAUACUCCUCAUAUUUUGAUUCAUGCUUGUCAUUUAACUUUGUUUUUGCUUGCUGUAGCUGUUUCAUCUUUCCAUUCAGCAGACCUACGUCUUAAAUGGAGAUGUAGAUUUUUGUGUUGUGUUUGCCAUUGGACUCCAGUUUAAGAACUCUGUCUUGCAUUUUUGUAAUAAAUAUUGAUUUAAUAAUCA